AUGUCCGAUGAUUUCCAUGAGUCCGGACAGGUUGAUGCCGAAGCCUCUCAACUAGACGCCCAGAAGAAAAAAGCCAAAGAGCUGGACACACGGCUUGAUUUGAAUCGCAAGACGGGAAAUCUUUCUCUAUAUGGCUAUUACUUCAAAUCCGCAGGGCUCUUCAACGCCAUCUUCAUGAUAGGAUGCACCGCCACCUAUUCGUUCUUCAUCACUUUUCCACACUACUGGCUCAAGCGAUGGACGGAGGCAGAUCAGAAUGUCGAAUGGCUCUAUAUGAUGGUAUACGGCUUACUAGCUCUGUUUGCUUGGGUACCCACGAAUGGAACUAUGUGGUCCACAUUCAUGCUUGUCACUCCUAGAUCAGGCCUGUUUCUUCACUCCAAGUUUCUUAGUAACAUAAUAGGGCCACCACUCUCGUUCUUUGCUACAUCUGAUAUUGGCGUCAUUUUAAAUCGUUUCAGCCAGGACAUACAACUAGUCGAUAGGGAUCUACCUGCGGCAUUUCAGUCCCUAAGUAACCAGAUUUUUGAGCUGCUACUGCAAGUUGCCUUACUUCUUGCCGUCCAAAAGCUUUUGCUUUUGACUAUUCCCCUGUGCUUCGUCGUCAUCUGCCUUGUAGCGAGGGUGUAUUUUCGCACGUCGCGCCAAGUGCGGAUCGAAGAACUUGCCUCCAGGUCGGCCGUCUUCUCGCAAAUCGUUGAGACUCGGUGGCUCAACCUCGUGCUCGACCUCAUGGUCGCCGCAAUCUCCGUGGCUAUAAUCGCAUUGGCGUUAUUUCUCAGAAGCACUACCACCGGCGCAGCUGUAGGCGUUGCUCUGAAUAUCAUCCUCGUUACAAAUACUACUAUUGUCAGGCUGGUUGAGUCCUGGGCCGACUUUGAAGUCUCACUAGGAGCCAUCGAGCGCCUCAAAAGCUUGGAUGAAGAGAUUCAGAAAGAAGACCGGCCUGGGGAGGACAAUAUUCCCAAGACCUCUUAG